UUGGAGAAACUAUGGUCUUGUGGUCGCCUGGAGACUUACAGCACUGCUCGACAUCAUCUGGGCUAUUACGACAGCGUCGGCUUGACUGCGACUCACAUACCGCCAUCCGUCUGGGAUGUCCUUAUUGACAACCUUGUCUUUGCUGCAAUAAUUCAUGUCGUUGCCGAACAUCAUAAUCUCAGUACGGUUCCUGUCGACGAAGACAAGUCCUACCCUGACGUUUGUUUCGUCCACCUUCCAGUGAUUAACAUGGAAAACUGGGUGGAGUUCCGUACUUGUAGAUUCUCCAUACCUCGAGGCGAUCAAAUUGAUAUUUACCUCAAUGAGCUCCUACAGUCACAGCACAGCUGCGACUUCAAAUGUGACGUCAGACGAUCAUACUGCCGGCUCGUCGUCACGGUUUUUCUCGUCGACCACGGUGCAUCCAGGACAUCAUGGAUAUUACACCACGAACCCAGUGAUGGUGUGAGCGCAAUUCUGUUCCACGAAGCUUUUCUCGAGAGCCUGGAGAUCUUCUUGCGAGCGCCGCUGAAGAAGGUCGGGAGACAUGUCAGUACUCCCUCGACGCCUCUCGGGCCACCUCUUGAGAAUUUGCACAAUACGACCGAUUCAUGGCCAUUCUUCCUAAGCGCCGUUGCGGGCUCCCUGCUACCCGGACACCUGAAGCCCAGAUCAUGGACUGGAUCGCCUAUUGCACAGAAACAUAUAUCGUCGAAGACCAGAAUCGUUACCCUGUCAGUCAAGACAACCAAAGCUUUCGCUGCAUUAUGCCGUGAGAAGGGUACGAGUGCCACGGUGGCAUUGAGCACGUUGCUUCCAUUUGAGGUCCAAGCUUGCGCAGGAAGUUGA